CCACCUUCCAACCACUGCAUUGACCCCAUUCAAGUCACCUCCAACAUCCCAGAUAACCACAAGAAAACACCUCAAUCCAACAAUGCCAUCCCCAUCCCUCCCCCUCCUCCUCCUCACCCUCCUCACAAAAUGCCUCUCCCACGAAAUCGCCUUCCCCUCCAUCUCAGGCAUGCAAGAACCCCUCCUCACAGACCGCAUCCUCAGCACCAGCGAUCUAGACAUCAGCUCCCCAGUCUACGCCGGCCUAACGACGUACGCUAACCUGCCGUACGUGCAUUGUCUCGCGGACGCGGCGACGGAGGUGGAGAAGUACGAUAUUGCGAUUUUGGGCGCGCCGUUUGAUACCUCCGUUACUGCUCGACCUGGUGCUCGGUUUGGACCGGGUGGGAUUCGGCAGGGAUCGAGGCGGAUGGCGCCUUGGGGUGGGUUUAGUGUUUAUACGGGGAAGAAUGUUUUCCAGCAGGGAUAUAAAGUGGUAGAUUGUGGGGAUGCGCCUUUGACGUUUCUGGAUAAUACUGUUGCUUUGAAGCAGUUGGAUAAGGCUCAUAAAGUGAUAUCUGGGAGGCCAGCAAACUCCUCCGACGAUGUGGCUCCGCGGAUCAUCACUCUCGGCGGAGACCAUACUACCACGCUCUCCGCCCUGCGCUCGACGCACAAUCGUUGGGGCAGCGUUAGCGUCAUACACUUCGACAGCCACAUCGAUACAUGGGAUCCCGAUGUGCUUGGCGGCGGCCUAUCGCAUUAUGCCGGCGUCAACCACGGCACCUUCCUCCACAUCGCACACGAAGAAGGCCUCAUCCGCAACACGUCCAUCCACGCGGGCAUCAGAGCACCCGUCAUCACUAAAAAAUACGACCUCCGGCACGACAAAGCCUGCGGCUUCAGCAUCGUCACAGCGCGCGACAUCGACAAGCUCGGGACCGCGGGCGUCAUUCAGAAGCUCAAGGACCGCGUGGAGGGCUCGAAAGUGUACAUCAGCGUCGACAUUGACGUUUUGGAUCCGGCGUAUGCGCCUGCGACGGGCACGGCAGAGCCGGGUGGGUGGACGACGCGCGAGCUGUUGACGAUUUUGGAUGGGUUGGUGGGGCUUGAGGUUGUUGGGGCGGAUGUUGUGGAGGUUGCACCGAUCUACGAUAAUGCUGGGGAAACGACGACGUUAGCUGCUGCGGAGGUGGUGCAUUCAUUGCUCGGACUGGUGGUGGAAACUCCGGUGAAGAGCCUUGCACGAUGAAGUCGGCUUAGAGCAGGCGAGAACAAGAAGGAUAAUCCGUAUAAAUUAAAAUAAGGACGAUUAUAGACGUCGUCUAUUGCAUGAAUAUUGAAACUCCAUCC